CACGCCCAUGGGUUUCAUAGCUGAAACUUGCAGCGUGUUUUGAAGGCAGCCAAGAAGGAACUUUAAUGGCUCUCCUGGAAGUCGUUCAAAAACCGCUCCCAUUGACUGCAUCGGAUAUUGUAUAAGGCCCCAAAAGCAAUUUCCAGGGAGGUAUAAGGAUUUUCAGUGAAUGGAAGACGACACUUUUUACUAGAGGUUUCACGUGUUUAAAGAUAUCAAGUUUUGGGAUACACACAGCGGAAGAGGAUCACCAUGUUUCGAAACAGUCUCAAGAUGCUUCUCACAGGAGGGAAGUCAAACCGCAAAAACAGGUCCAGUGAUGGAGGGAACGAGGAGCCACCAGACCGAAGACAGGCAAGUGUAGACUCCCGUCAGAGCCGAUCUGGGCAAGGCACCUCCACAGAGAACGACUGUGCUUUUGAACCAGACUACGCUAUUCCGCCACUCCCAGUGACCGAAGGUAUGCAGCACAUUCGGAUUAUGGAGGGCAUGUCCCGCUCCCUUCCAUCCUCCCCCUUACUCACACAUCAGUCUAUCAGUGUUCGGCUCCAACCUGUGAAGAAGUUAACUGCCCCUUUGAGGAAAGCAAAGUUUGUUGAGAGCCCUCGAAUCCCAGAGUCUGAGCUUGGCUCGCCAACACUUUCUUCAGCACAGAAACUGGACGUUGAUGCAUACUGCCCUGGUGACACUGAGCAGGAGCUGGGACCCCCUCCGUCCGUAGAUGAGGCAGCAAAUACACUCAUGACUCGCCUGGGCUUCCUCCUCGGAGAGAAAGUCACGGAGGUACAGCCAGGGCCCCAGUACAGCAUGGAGGUGCAGGAUGAGAACCAGAGCUCGGCCGUGACGCAGCGCAUCAGCCCCUGCUCCACGCUGACCAGCAGCACGGCCUCGCCGCCCGCCAGCAGCCCCUGCUCCACGCUCCCGCCCGUCAGCACCAGCGUCACCGCCAAGGACUGCACCUACGGCGCCGUCACCAGCCCCACCUCCACCCUGGAGAGCAGAGACAGCGGCAUCAUCGCUACUUUGACGAGCUACUCCGAAAAUGUGGAACGCACUAAAUAUGGAGGGGAAAGCAGUAAAGAACUUGGAUCUGGAGGAAACCUGAAACCUUGGCAGUCCCAGAAAUCCAGCAUGGACUCCUGCUUGUACCGUGUGGAUGAGAACAUGACGGCCUCCACCUACAGCCUGAACAAAAUCCCGGAGAGGAACCUGGAGACCGUCCUGUCCCAGUCAGUGCAGUCUAUUCCUCUUUACCUUAUGCCACGGCCAAAUUCAGUAGCAGCCACCAGCUCAGCCCACUUAGAAGACCUGGCUUACCUGGACGAGCAGAGACACACCCCGCUGCGGACCUCGCUCCGAAUGCCGCGGCAGAGCGUGGCCGGCGCCCGCGCGCAGCAGGACCUGCGAGUACGCUUCGCACCGUACCGACCUCCCGACAUCUCUCUGAAGCCACUGCUCUUCGAGGUGCCCAGCAUCACCACCGAGUCCGUCUUCGUCGGCCGAGACUGGGUGUUCCACGAGAUAGAUGCACAGCUGCAGAGCUCCAACGCCAGCGUCAACCGAGGCGUCGUGAUCGUUGGGAACAUUGGCUUUGGGAAAACCGCCAUCAUCUCCAGACUGGUCGCGCUCAGCUGCCACGGCACACGUAUGAGACAGAUUGCUUCUGAUAGCCCACAUGCCUCUCCAAAACAUGUGGAUGCAAACCGAGAGCUGCCCUUAACCCCGCCUUCAGCUCACUCCUCAAUCACCAGUGGGAGCUGCCCGGGGACCCCCGAAAUGCGCCGGCGCCAAGAGGAGGCCAUGCGGAGACUCGCUUCGCAGGUUGUCGCUUAUCACUACUGCCAAGCGGAUAAUGCCUACACCUGCCUGGUGCCAGAGUUCGUGCACAACGUGGCCGCCCUGCUCUGCCGCUCGCCGCAGUUCGUUGCCUACAGGGAGCAGCUCCUGCGCGAGCCCCACCUGCAGAGCAUGCUCAGCCUGAGGUCCUGCGUGCAGGACCCCAUGGCCUCCUUCCGCAGGGGAGUCCUGGAGCCCUUGGAAAACCUGCACAAAGAGAGGAAGAUCCCCGAUGAAGAUUUCAUUAUAUUAAUUGAUGGUUUAAAUGAGGCUGAAUUUCACAAACCAGAUUAUGGAGACACCAUAGUAUCCUUCCUGAGCAAAAUGAUUGGAAAAUUCCCUUCCUGGCUGAAGCUGGUAGUGACAGUCAGGACAAGUCUACAGGAAAUAAUUAAGCUGUUGCCCUUCCACAGAAUAUUUUUGGAUAGACUGGAAGAGAAUGAAGCCAUAGACCAGGACCUGCAGGCAUAUAUCCUCCAUCGGAUACACAGCAGCUCAGAAAUCCAGAACAACAUCUCACUGAACGGCAAAAUGGACAACACUACGUUUGGCAAACUCAGUUCUCACCUCAAGACCUUGAGCCAAGGCUCCUAUCUGUACCUAAAACUUACUUUUGAUCUCAUAGAGAAAGGAUAUUUAGUACUAAAAAGCUCCAGCUACAAAGUAGUGCCAGUGUCUCUGUCAGAAGUUUACCUGUUGCAGUGCAAUAUGAAGUUCCCAACGCAGUCUUCCUUUGAUCGGGUUAUGCCUCUCUUGAAUGUGGCAGUGGCAUCUCUGCAUCCAUUAACAGAUGAACAUAUUUUUCAGGCCAUUAAUGCAGGUAACAUUGAGGGCACUUUGGAGUGGGAUGACUUUCAGCAGAGGAUGGAGAACCUUUCUAUGUUUCUUAUCAAACGUAGAGAUAUGACGCGAAUGUUUGUUCAUCCCUCUUUCCGAGAAUGGCUUAUUUGGAGAGAAGAAGGUGAAAAGACCAAGUUUCUCUGUGAUCCUAGGAGUGGCCACACAUUACUUGCCUUCUGGUUUUCCCGUCAAGAAGGAAAACUAAAUCGACAGCAAACUAUUGAACUGGGACACCACAUUCUCAAAGCACAUAUUUUUAAGGGGCUGAGUAAAAAAGUUGGGGUAUCUUCCUCCAUCCUGCAAGGGCUUUGGAUCUCCUACAGUACUGAAGGUCUUUCUAUGGCUUUGGCAUCUCUGAGAAAUCUCUACACCCCAAACAUAAAGGUCAGUCGGUUGCUGAUUUUAGGAGGUGCAAACGUGAAUUAUCGGACUGAAGUUCUGAACAACGCCCCCAUUUUGUGCGUCCAGUCUCACCUGGGUUACACGGAGAUGGUGGCUUUGCUCUUGGAGUUUGGGGCUAAUGUAGAUGCUGCUUCAGAAAGUGGCCUGACCCCCCUUGGCUACGCAGCUGCUGCUGGAUUUCUAAGUAUCGUUGUGCUGCUGUGCAAGAAACGGGCCAAGGUGGAUCAUUUGGACAAAAACGGUCAGUGCGCGCUGGUUCACGCUGCUCUCAGAGGACACUUGGAGGUGGUGAAGUUCUUGAUCCAGUGCGACUGGACCAUGGCUGGGCAACAGCAGGGAGUGUUUAAGAAGAGCCACGCCAUCCAGCAAGCCCUGAUCGCUGCAGCCAGCAUGGGUUACACCGAGAUUGUCUCCUACCUGCUCGAUCUUCCAGAAAAAGACGAAGAGGAGGUGGAGCGAGCACAAAUCAACAGCUUUGACAGCCUUUGGGGAGAGACAGGUGAUUUUUGUAGACGCUGUAGCUUCUUCUUGCAUGUUUGUGGUUGUACUUAUGGGCUUCCCAUCGUAGAUCUCUUGCUCACGCACGGCGCUGAUGUGAACAUGGCAGACAAGCAAGGGCGGACGCCACUGAUGAUGGCUGCAUCUGAGGGACAUCUGGGCACAGUGGAGUUCCUGCUUGCACAAGGCGCCUCCAUUUCUCUGAUGGACAAGGAGGGCCUGACAGCCCUCAGCUGGGCCUGUCUGAAGGGGCACCUCGCCGUGGUGCGUUCCCUGGUGGAGAACGGAGCUGCCACCGACCACGCGGAUAAAAACGGGCGCACUCCGCUGGACCUGGCAGCUUUCUACGGCGAUGCAGAGGUGGUUCAGUUUCUGGUGGACCAUGGGGCCAUGAUUGAGCACGUUGACUACAGCGGGAUGCGCCCCCUCGACAGGGCAGUGGGGUGCCGCAACACCUCGGUCGUCGUCACUCUGCUGAAGAAAGGAGCAAAGAUAGGUCCAGCAACAUGGGCGAUGGCAACCUCCAAACCAGACAUCAUGAUCAUCCUGUUGAGCAAGCUGAUGGAGGAGGGAGACAUGUUUUAUAAGAAAGGUAAAGUGAAAGAGGCUGCCCAGCGCUACCAGUAUGCUCUGAAAAAAUUCCCCAGGGAAGGGUUUGGAGAAGACCUGAAAACCUUCCGUGAGCUCAAGGUGUCACUCCUCCUCAACCUCUCCCGAUGUCGAAGGAAAAUGAACGAUUUUGGAAUGGCGGAGGAAUUUGCUACUAAAGCACUGGAGCUGAAACCGAAAUCUUACGAAGCUUACUAUGCAAGAGCAAGGGCCAAACGCAGCAGCAGGCAGUUUUCAGCAGCCCUGGAGGACCUGAACGAGGCCAUCAAGCUGUGUCCCAACAACCGUGAGAUCCAGCGGCUGCUGAUGCGGGUGGAAGAGGAGUGCAGGCAGGUGCAGCAGCAGCAGCAGCAGCAGCCGCCGCCGCUCCCGGUGGAGCCUGAACCCGAAGCCCAGCACGAAGAGCUUUAUUCGGUGCAAGAUAUCUUUGAGGAGGAAUACCUUGAGCAGGAUGUAGAAAAUGUUUCCAUUGGCUUGCAGACAGAGUCCAGGCCAAACCAAGGGCUGCCCAUCAUCCAGAGCCCACCCCCAUCCCCAGCUCACAGGGACUCAGCCUAUAUUUCUGGCUCACCUCUUGGCUCUCAUCAGGUCUUUGAUUUCAGGUCCAAUAGCUCCGUGGGUUCGCCAACCAGGCAAGGGUACCAGUCCACGUCUCCUGCUCUGUCUCCAACGCACCAGAACUCACAUUAUAGACCCAGUCCUCCGCACACGUCCCCUGCUCACCAGGGCUCCUCUUACCGCUUCAGCCCACCUCCUGUUGGAAGUCAAGGGAAGGAAUAUCAAAGCCCACCACCUUCUCCUCUUCGUAGAGGCCCUCAGUAUCGUGCCAGCCCCCCAGCAGAAAGCAUGAGCGUCUAUAGGUCACAGUCCGGUUCCCCAGUUCGUUAUCAGCAGGAACCUAGCGGAGUCAGCCAGCUCCCCGGUAGACCAAAGUCUCCGUUGUCCAAGAUGACGCAGAGAUCUUUCCAGAUGCCCCAGCUCCCCGUGGCCGUGCCGCAGCAGGGCCUGAGGCUCCAGCCCGCCAAGGCGCAGAUUGUGAGGAGCAACCAGCCCAGCUCAGCCGUCCAUUCCAGUACUGUAAUCCCAACCGGUGCUUACAGCCAGGUUGCCCACUCGAUGGCCACCAAGUACCAGUCAGCGUCAGGGGAAAUGGGGGUUAGCCAGAGCAGGCUGGUCUACCAGGGCUCUAUUGGGGGCAUCGUUGGUGACAGCAGACCCGUGCAGCAUGUUCAGGCGAGCCUCAGCGCAGGGGCGAUCUGUCAGCAUGGAGGGCUGGCAAAAGAAGACCUUCCGCAGAGACCGUCCUCGGCAUACAGGGGGGGUAUGAGAUACAGCCAGACACCCCAGAUCGGGCGAAGCCAGUCCGCUUCCUACUACCCAGUGUGUCACUCGAAGCUUGACCUGGAACGUUCUUCCCUCCCCGCCAGCCAGCUGGGCUCUCCAGAUGUGUCUCAUCUCAUAAGAAGGCCCAUCACAGUUAAUCCCAGCGAAAUCAAGCCUCACCCGCCGACUCCAAGGCCCCUGCUCCACUCGCAGAGCGUUGGCCUCCGCUUCUCUCCUUCCAGCAAUAGCAUCUCCUCCACCUCCAACCUGACUCCCAACUUCCGCCCUUCCGCUUCGAUUCAGCAAAUGGAGAUUCCUCUCAAGCCAGCUUACGACAGGUCGUGCGAUGAACUCUCUCCGGUCUCUCCCACGCAGGGGGGUUACCCCAGCGAGCCAGCCCGUUCCCGGACCACGCCGUUCAUGGGAAUCAUAGAUAAAACCGCUCGGACUCAGCAGUACCCCCAUCUCCAUCAGCAGAACCGGACCUGGGCUGUGUCAUCAGUGGACACUGUCAUUAGUCCUACAUCUCCUGGCAAUCUCCCCCAGCCAGAAUCAUUUAGCCCGCCUUCUUCAAUCAGCAACAUUGCCUUUUAUAACAAAACCAACAAUGCACAGAAUGGCCAUUUGCUAGAGGAAGACUAUUACAGCCCCCAUGGGAUGCUGGCCAAUGGGUCCCGGGGAGACCUCCUGGAGAGAGUCACCCAAGCCUCCUCGUAUCCCGACGUCAAGGUGGCAAGGACGCUGCCUGUGGCGCAGGCCUACCAGGACAACCUGUACAGGCAGCUCUCCAGGGACUCCAGGCAAGGGCAGACAUCCCCAAUCAAACCAAAGAGACCAUUUGUGGAGUCUAAUGUGUAAAAGACGCUUGUUGGAGUAAGACCCUCAUGUUUUCAGCACACACUUCCAAGCUUGAUUUCCAUGCAUAUUAUUAUUAUUAUUUUUAUUUCUCUUUGGUAGCUACAUGACCAAGUUUCUCCGGUACUUUGUGUGGUGGUCAGACAGCCAUGCACGUGCUCCAGCCCUUUCGUUCCCCAGCUGACCGUGAAGCCAACAUCAGCCGAGCCAGUAUCGUUUGCCCAAUUCCAGCUAAGUUCCCAACCAGGAUAUCUUAGUACGUGGUGUGGGGUGGUCCAGAAAUAGCCCCUACGCAGCGGGAGGUAACCAGCUCUUUUUCAAGAGACGAUCGCGUUUGAUCUAAAUUGGUUUCUUUUGUCUCGAUGAGCUCUUAGACAAUUCUGAUGAGAAUUCCGAGCGGGAGCAGAGCAGGGAUCACAGGAGCCUCUCCCAAGGCUGCAUCCGCAGGUCCCCGUGCUAGAGGGGUCGUUUGGCUCUUUGCCCCGCGGAGCAAAUGACCCACAGAGAGCAAGAGCACGAUGUGUUUUAGUACCCAGUAGCUAUGCACAAUAACCAUCCUGUUUCAUCUGGUUUAUAGCGUUUUAAUCCGAGUGGGAUUCCUUCGUUAUUUAAUUACGUCAUCGGCCCGAAGGGGUGGGGGUCACGCAAUGCUCUGCUGCUUUGCAGGCCACCUGCCAGCUGCCCCAACACCGAUUUGCUCUGGGGCAUUUUACAAGCAUUGAGAGAUCAAGGUUGGCCCUUCGUAUGCGUUUUAAUCAGCCAAAGGAAUUGGCCUGAACAGGGAUUACGAGAACUUCUUCUUUCACACAUUAGCAGGUGACUGCACCUCACACACAGCACCACGUUUUCACUGGGGGCGUUGGGGGUUUCGUUUGGUGGAGUUUUUACUUGCAAGGAAGAAGAAAAAAAAUCUGAUUUAGAAAGUGGUAUUCAGGGAGGAAAAUUGUAAAUUUUAAUUAUUUUCUUUUUUUGGGUUUCAUUUGGUGAAGUUUUUACUUGCAAGUUAAAAAAACUGAUUUAGAAAGUGGUAUUCAAGGAAAAAAAAAUGCAAAUUUUAAUUAUUUUCUUUUUUGGAGCUUCAUUUUGUGAAGUUUCUACUUGCAAGGGAAAAAAAACAGAUUUAGAAAGUGCUAUUCAAGGAGGAAAAUUGCCAAUUUUAAUUUUUUUCUUUUUUCUUUUUUUUUUGUAAUGAUGAGGAUGCAUAGUGUGGCACAAUGGUUCCCGAGGCAGGAGGGGUCCUUCAGCAAACCCAGCCCUGCAGCAUCCCUUCCCUCCAGCUCGCUCCCUCCCAGGAGAUCCAUCUCCCUCUAAGAUCCAUUCCCAAAGUCUUGGAAAGCCAUUGCCAUGUUCCGUACUCGUAAAUGGGGGAGAUAGUGGUUUUGCUUUUUAAGGAGCUGUAGUUAAAAGAGAGAUAUUUAUAAUUUAUUUAUGCGAUAUAUUUCAGGACAUUUUUUGGUUUGGGUUGGGUUUUUUUAUUCUUAUUUUUAUUAAACAAAUGCAAAUCACAUCAAGACAGUGUGGAAAGCAGGGGACGGUUCCAAAAUCCUUUUUAUAGGAUUUUCAGUAAUGUUUCAAUUACUCUCUGAAAUUUGGGGGGGGGGGAUGAACUUUCUUUACAGAUUCAUUUAUUACUGGUGGGUUUGUAAUCUGCCUUUUCAGUUACUGAGGGCGAAGGGUGGGAUGAACAGGGGGGAGAGUGAUAACCCUGUAGCUUGUUUUAAAGCAAAAUAGUGCCUGUUGCCCGUGCUGAGCCUCACUCAUAUCAACUCUUAGGAGCGAUUUCAGUGCUGAGCAGGAGGAGCGAUACCUUUCGGUGUUUCCAAAGGGCUACGUGAAUAGAUUUGCAAGACUUCUUGAACCAAAUCAUGGGGUCCAGCCUCCGCUGGUGUAAAUGAGCAUAUCCCCAGCACGACAUCAGUGCAACUACAUCCAUUUACACCAGCUAAGGACUUGGUCCAAAACUCUUAAGCAAACCCUGGCUUCGAUGGGGCUUUUUUGGUUUUUGUUUCUGUGUGUCACUCAGCACAUCUCGUUGCUGUUUCGUUGCCUCAGAGCAAACUGGGACGUGCACACCUUGGGAUGAUGGAGGCUUGUGUCUCAUAGACACAUCGAGAGCGUUUGGAGCGGGGAUUCCUCCGUGGGGUUUGGAGAUUUUUGUGCUCUUCUGGGCUCUUUGGUCUUUGUCCAAGCCAGUAUUUGGAUUGAGGUUGGAGUUUUCUUCCUCAAGGUGCAACCCAGUGCUGAUACUUUGCUUUAUCACAGGGCUCUGUAAAGUGGGGAGCGGACUAGGGGACCCCUCGGUAGGGCGGGCUCCCCGCGGCCGCGGGGACACUCAGUUCCAUGCACUAUUUCUCUCCUUGCGAAGGGGGUGUGAUGAUUUUUUUUUCUUCCUCUUUUUUUCUGAAGCACCAUGUUCUGCUUUGUGAGGAGUAACCAAUCCUCUGCUCCACAUACAGUGCCCCUGUAGCUAGGACACGCAUAUCCGUGGGUCUGGAGUAGCACCAGUCGCUUUGCUGAACGCCUCCCAUCCUCCAGCUUUCUGAUCGAGUGAGUGGCUUCCUACCUUUAGUUGCUUCUUUGAAAGGAAAGAGUCACCAAGUUCAGCCCCGUCCCUGUUCUAUACGGCUUCAGCCGUGAGCGAGUUCUCUGAGAUGCAAACGGGACAGUCCGAGAGCAGCGAUGUGAGAACUGCCCGCGCUUCGCUUUCGCUACCCACUGCCUUGUGCUCCCCGUACUGUCCUUCCGAAACGUCCCCUCACAGCACUUCUGUGUGUAACUUUUGGCUUUAUGAAGAUGUUUUAAGGGAAAAAGAAAACAGCUCACACUUUGAACACAAACACCAAGCUGAAAGAAGGCUUGAAUACUGCAGCGUGCAGGUUUUUUCACAAUACCACGUGUUACAUUUUUCACAGGAUUCUUGCACUAAUGGUUUUCCAUCUGUUCUCUCUGUAAAUGGGUGCACUUUACUGUUUGAAUUUGUUACUAUGAUAAAUACUGGAUAUUUAAGCGUGAGUAGUGUCUUCAUUAGAAAAUAGCAAAGCAGCUCUUGUCUCUUAGUGUAUUUUUCAAAAAAAAAAAGAAAAAAGAAAAGAAACGAAGCAAUGAAUCAUAACAUUUAUA